AUGGAUUUGUUAAAAGCAGGUGAACAUAGGUUUUUACAAUUGCAUGAGCUUGAUGAGCUUAGAUUAGGUGACUAUGAUAAUUCCAUGUUGUACAAAGAGAGAACCAUAGUUUGGCAUGACAAAAAGCUCCGUAGGAAAGACUUUAAAGCGAGAGAUAAAGUUUUUUUGUUUUUGUCUAAGUUCAAGAUUAAGCAACCUAAAUUGACUUCUCGUUGGAUAGGACCCUAUGUAAUUAAGCAAGUAUAUCCGUCAGGGUAUAUCAAAUUGUUUAAACAGAAUGGGGGGUCGUUUAUUGUCAAUGGUCGCAGGUUGAAGUUAUAUCAUGAAGAGGAAGCUGUUGAGGGAGUUCAAUUUGAGGAACUCCCAUUGUUUGAUCUAGAAGAAUAA